GCCGGCCGUCAGUGGCCUUUCCUUUCUACUCUCCUUCCCUUCUUCCCUCCGUUUUCCGCAGCAAUCGGGAUUCAUAUGUCCAUCGCCAGCAUCAUCUGAGCCGGUGUUGCAGAACCCGCCGCGACGGCGGUUCGCCCCUCUUGUAUACUUAGUUGUAUUCCAUCACUUAUACGGCUCUGUCCGACCCGAGGUCAUUCAUUUUCCCCGUUGAUUGAUUCGUUUAGGUAGCAACCCAAUCAUGACCGAAUCCCGUUCAUUCGCAUUGCGCAAGACACCACCGCUGACGCGGUCCAACCUUUGGAUAUCUCGCUUGUCCUUCCUCGCCCUCCAUGUUCUCUACUGCGCCACCGCAACCCAUGCUGCCACAACCACAGUCUGGGCCACCCCUCACGACAGCUACUCCUCCUCGAUCGGCGUUCUCGGCUGCAAAGUCGAUACCGACCGCAUCGCUUAUUGGCCCGGUUCGGUCGACUGCAACAACCUCUGCGUCUCUCUCUCCUACGGCGACCGUACCGUGAAGCUCCUGCGCGUUGACCAAUCCCAGGGCGCUCACGACAUCAGCUACGAUGCCUGGAACUAUCUUGUCACGGGCCACGGGGCCAACGAUCGGCCGGCCGUCGGUGGGCCCAUCGAGAUGCAGGCGGAGGAGUUGGACGCUUCCGAGUGCAAGGACUUGAUCCACACAGAGGGACACAAGCUUCCGCUGUCGGCGGCCAACAGCAUGAACUUCUUGGCGAGCUGCCUCGACCACAAGGACGGCAGCUGGGUGGGCGCAAACCACAUUCUUUACAACAUUCUCGACUCGAUUUGCACGUGGGGAUAUGACGAGCCGUGCGAGCUGAACUGGCCAAGUGAGAACCAAGCUCAGUGCAAGCAUGCUUUGGGCACGCCGAACCCGCUGAAGGAUGAUCCCGUCUACGAUAUCAAGUAUCCUUCGGGCAAUAAGGUUAUCGCUGGGUCGGGAGAGGUGGUGAAGAAUGGAGGGACUCCGUGGGGCGAUGUGGGAGGGACUGGCCAGGAGAAUGCCGCUGCGGGAGGUCAGAUUGUGAGCAGCUCGGCGACACUUUUGAUUGUUUGGAUCAUGACCCUUAUGAGCUGCGGGGCUUUAUGUUGGGUCUGACGAUGCUUCGUUUCGUACGAGUUGGAUAGUUGGCGGGCUUUGUUUGCUUCGAUUCUUGAGAUACCCCCUUUAGCACGUUUCGGAAUGGAUUUGUUGUUUUCUUUCCUUGGUUGAGUUGGCUCUGGGAUUUCACUACACAUCUGUUCGGUCACAAAUCAGCGGAAACCGAGAUAACACCUUCCACCGGCGGCACCGUG